UGAUGAUCGGUUCUGAUGUUUCCAAAGUCUUCGACGGGUCUAAAGAGAGCAAAGAGAGGUUGGGUUAUUCCUCCGUUCCAUGUAAUAGAGAACAGCAGAGGUCCUUUCCCAAUAAAGCUGGUCCAGAUAAAGUCGGACUAUUCUCUUGAAGCUCAGAUGCAUUACAGGAUCACAGGUGAAGGAGCAGAUCUGGACCCUAAGGGGACUUUCACUAUACAAAGAUUAUCAGGAAAUCUGUUUGUGACUCGACCACUCGACAGAGAAAAAAAAGCUUCAUACAGAAUUAUAGUUCAUGCUACUGGAGUUGAUGUGAAUAUAGCAGAAAGGCCCAUGGAAAUUAUUGUAUAUGUGCUGGACCAAAAUGAUAAUAGGCCUGUUUUUACUCAAAAUCCGUUUAAUGGAAAUGUUCCUGAAGCUGCUGAAAUAGGUGAUGAGUUUAUGACAGUCACAGCCACUGAUGCAGAUGAUCCAGAUACUGACAAUGCUGUGAUCAGUUACUCAAUUGUCAAGCAAGAUCCAGAAUUGCCAAAACCAAACAUGUUUGAAAUCAACUCUGUUACUGGAGGAAUUCGUGUGAAUUCUUUAGGCUUGGACAAAGAGAAAUGGUCCAAAUACACUUUGACAGUUGUGGCUACUGACAUGGAAGGAAGAGGUUUUUCAACCACUGGCACAGCUGUUAUUACUGUGACUGACAGCAAUGAUAACGCACCUCAGUUUGAGCAAACCUCGCACACUGUAUCUGUCCCAGAGAAUAAAGUAGGGGCUGUAGUGGCCAAACUUACAGUUACUGAUGAAGAUGAAGAGGGAUCUCCUGCCUGGUCAACCAAAUAUCGGAUUAUUAGCGGUGACAAGGGUGGGUUUUUCAGUGUCAGUACUGGACCCAGCCGGCUAGAGGGCAUCAUCACCACUGUAAAGCCUCUGGACUUUGAGAAGAACAAGCAAUACAUUCUGUCUGUGAUUGUUGAGAACGAUGAUCCAUUCGUCGGUGCUUUGGUCACUUCCACUGCCACAGUCACGGUGAAUGUAGAAGAUGUGAAUGAGCCUCCAGAGUUUAAUCCAAAGGAGAGGGUUAUUUACAAACCUGAAGAUUCACCGAUUGAUACUGAAUUGGUUUCUUAUACAGCCACUGAUCCAGACAUUGGAAAACCACAGAAAAUAACGUAUAAAAUUGGCAAUGAUCCUGAAGGCUGGCUGAGUGUAAAUCAAGACACUGGAAUUAUUAAAGUCAGGAAACUUAUGGAUAGAGAAUCUUCCAGUGUCAAAGAUGGCAAAUACAGAGCUAUCAUUUUGGCUGUGGAUGAUGGUGAUGCUCCAGCGACAGGCACUGGAACCCUGAUAAUUGAGUUGUCGGAUGUUAAUGACAACGCUCCUGUCAUUAAUGAAAGGAUUAUAAAGAUUUGCAAUCGUGGUUCAACCCCAGUGCUUCUCUCUAUAACGGACAAAGAUGGACCUCCUUAUGCUGGUCCCUUUACUGUUGAGACCCAAGGAGAAACCAGUAAAAAUUGGUCCGCCAUGAUGAAUGAAACAUCAACCGGUGUCGUUCUGAAACCAAAGUCUACAUUAAAGGAGGGUGAAUACAAUGUUGUCCUGAGAGUUUUUGAUAACCAGAGACUCUCUCAGGAAAACACCAUUCAAGCAACUGUAUCUGACUGUGAAAAAGCUUCUUUCCUGGGAAGCCAUACAUUCUGUCUGCGAUGAUUCAUUCAUCAAAAUUUUGCCCACUUCUGCUGUGAAGAAGUAAACCAGGUUAAAUCAAAAAAAGAAGUUUCUUUUAUAAUUGAAUUAAAGGGCAUAAAUGACAGGACUCCCUGGAUAUGAUUAUUAAUAAUAAUAAUUCAUGACAUUUAUAUAGCGCUUUUAAGUGCCCACUUUAUAUUUAUUAUAUUUGUCGUCUUAAUAUUGCUGUAGUCAUUGUUAUCUAAAGGAUAAUGUACAGCCAAGUGGUUUAUAAAUUGUUUUUGUACUGCUUUCAUAGUAAUUGGUUUUCACAUUUAAAAAAAAAAAAAAUCUUAGUUCUAAUGUCACAACAGAUCAUCAAAAGAUGUACUGAAUAUUUUCAGAAUAUUUUCUAUUGGUUUAUAUUCAAAAUCACAAUGUAACUUCUUCACUCUUUUAAUAACUUUAAUCUUUAUUUAGCUUUCUUAUAAAGCAAUUGCCUUUCAUAAUGUUAUGAACAUUAAACUUUCUAAUUUGCA